AUGGGUCAGCUGCCAGCUUUUAGAACGGAGCUAGAGUUCCCAUUUUUACAUGGUAGCGUUGACUAUGCUGGGCCGGUAUUGAUAGCGGACCGAAAGAGUAGAGGUUGCAAACGAAUAAAGUCUUUUUUUGCAAUCUUUAUUUGCAAUUCGGUUAAAAUCUGUCAUAUCGAACUCGUUACGGCUCUACCUAGUGAAGCGUACACAGCCGCCUUGAAUCGUUUUGUUUCACGUCGCGGCAAGCCUGAAAGCAUCACGUCUUACAACGGCACCAAUUUCGUUGGUACUUGUAACGAGCUAGGUCAAUUACUCGUACAGUCGGACCUAGAAGGUCGCAUAGCUCAAGAAGACAUCGAAUUUAAAUUCGUGCCGGCUUAUACACCACAUUUCAAUGGCUUAGCUGAAGCAGCCGUUCGUUCUACAAAACAUCACCUUAGACGCUUGUUACAACUAACUCAAUAA